AUGGGGCCCCCGGGCAAUAGGGGAUCAUGGGGCCCCUAUGUCCUUGCCCAAACUCAAAAAAGCCUAUAACAUGUUUGAUUAGGCUAUAUUUAUAGACGCCUCUUCAGUAAAUCUUUCCUAAAGACCAUGUCCUGGCAAGAAGUGUCCCUCCCUACCAGGGGUGGACUGACAACUCAUGGGGCCCCCGGGCAAUAAGGGAUCAUGGGGCCCCUGUGUCCUUGCUUAACUCAAAAAGCCUAUGAAAAAGGUACCAGGGGCAUCUCAUGGGGCCCCCUACUGACCCCAGGCCCUCGGGCAGGGCCCGAGUUUCCAAAUAGUCAGUCCUCCCCUGCCUCC